UAUUUGCUAUUUGACACAUAUUAUAGUUGUUCGAUUCAAUGGAACUUCGAAAAUAAUUCAUCAGGUCCUUUGUAUACCGACACUACGGAACUCGCAGUCUGUGUCUUGUCUUAGUAGUACUGUUAUUGAAAAUUCCUCUCAAGAAGCACACGAAGAAACAUUAAUUUAUGAUUUGAUGGCACUUUAUUUUUAACGUUCGGAGAGUGUGCGCAUAUAAUUACUCCAUAUAAUUAUUUGCUGUAUUACGAGCAAUAAAGGGACAAGAUUAUACUUCUUCAAAAAUCUCCUCAAAUUCUUCUACUGAGAAAAUUGAAGGUGACAACAAAACGGUUGGUUUCACCAUUCCGACGAUUGUAAUAGGGACACUAAUUUCGAUCUUGAUCGUUACUGUUAUCAAAAUGACACUUUGUUACACCAAUCGGCGUAAGAGCGAUGAAAUUCCUGAUAACACCCCGUUAGGUGAGGAUAAAGAGGAAGUAAAAAUAGACAGGGAUGAAGGAUAUGAGGAAACCGGUGUUGACGAUAACACGAAGGAAGUAAAAGGGGUUGUUUUCGUAACAGAUGAGAUCAAAUACAAAGUCUUCUUCGUUAAUACUUCUGGUCACAUUCCCGAUGCUAUUUCAACAGACGAUCGGAAACGCACAAACGCGUUACCAAAUGUAGCUGCUGAUGCUUCACUAUAUGAUGACAAUUUUUGUGUCAUUUCCAUAGAGGAUCAUUUACUUGAACAGUCAGACAAAGAUGCGUUUGUAAUAAUUUCUUUAGACGACAUUAUACCCAUUUCUGCAGACGCGUUACCAAUUGUGUCUGAAAACUCUUCACAACAUGGACAGUUUGGUAAUGAUGCGUUUGUCAUCAUUUCGUUAGAAGACAUUAUAACAAUUCCUGCAGACGCGUUACCAGUAUCUGAAAAAUCACCACAACAUAUGGAACAACAGAUGGAAGACGAUGAGUUUACCAUAAUUUCCCCAGACGAAAUAGUUCAGACCUCAAAACCAGUUAUUGACGAUGAAUUCUGUAACAUUUCAGACAAAGAUAUCUGUGUAUUAAAGUUGACGCAUUUGUACACUCACAAGCACCCAUCAUGUGAUGAAAAUUAUUGCGUCAUCUCGUAUAAAAAGCGAGCGUCUCUGAUCGAAAGCACCACUGCGGCCUACAAGCGCGUCGAAAGGCUACAAAAGAGUGGAUUUGAUAUAAAACGAACUAAGAUGAUCCAUGCCAAGCAGAAAAUGCGAUAUGUAGGCUGGGGUUCGUUGAGCUUGGUAGAUUAUGGCCGACACACAACAUCAAAAUUAUAUAAUGUAAUAAAAGAACUGCAUGAUACGAACAUGCCCACGUAGUUUUCAACAAAAUAUAGCCAAUAUCAAUUCGAUUAAUGUAUGCAUUUUCCCUUGUAAUUAUAUAACUCAAUAUUUAUAAUAAAUGAAAUGAUGAUAAUGAUACAAUAACAUUAAAAUUAAUAAUGAUAUUAAUAGGCCUAAUAAUAAGCCUAAUAAUACAAUAAUACAUAAAAUGUUUUCGUGUAAGUCGCUUAAGGUAAAGGUACCAGCAUAUUUCAAGUUGAGGAUGCUUGUUAGAGCCUUGGUAUAUUACAUUAGUAUACCGUUCAUUUAAAAAAAACGCCUCGGGGGCUUACUGUUGAAAAUCGUUUUUGAAGGGGACUUUAUUCUAGGGAGGUUUUUAUUCGAGAGGCGUUUCUUUAUUUUGGUGUAAAAUGGAUACGUAUUUGUGAGGUAGAACAUUAAUAGAAUGUAUUGAGAAUGAUGCUGCUCCCUAGUUUUG